AUGCAGUCUGGAUACCCCAUCAUGUGCCACGUGCAGUCAGUGCCUGUGUUCCUUGAUGAGACGAUCAUAAGAUCCAAAGGCAUCUGGGGUCUCUUCCACGAGAUGGGCCGCAACUUGAAGCAUUCUGGAUGGAUUAUCCAUCCUCAUACCACUGAGGCCAUGUGCAACCUCUGGUCAGUCUAUGUGAGUGAGACAGUGCUGGACAUCCCCGGGAAUCAGGCCCACUCUCGUCUGAGUCCUCAAAAUCGGGAGCAGAGGAUCCAAAUGCACACGGACAAGGGAACCCCCCUGACUGACCAGAACAUGUGGACGGCUCUGGAAACGUAUCUUCAGCUCCAGGAGGCCUUUGGGUGGGAGCCAUUCACCCAGCUCUUUGCUGAGUACCAGACCCUCUCUGGCAUCCCCAGAGACAACACUGGCAAGAUGAAUCUGUGGGUGAAGAAAUUCUCUGAAAAGGUGCACAAGAAUCUGGCUCCUUCCUUUGAGGCCUGGGGCUGGCCUGUCCAGAAGGAAGUGGCUGCGAGCCUGCCCUGUCUGCCUGAGUGGCAAGAAAAUCCCAUGAAAUCAUAUGCACACUACAAAAGGAGUGAAGAAUUGUAG